AUGUCGGCCAUCUCUAUGAGCUCUCUGUCGCUGAAAUCCGACCAACAACAGCCACAAGCGCGAAAGCAAGUAGCUAGGGUACAUUCAUACAGGCAAGCUACAGAAAGCUCUCAAGCUAAAUUCAUCACCACUACUACCACUACUACAAUCGCCAACAAUGUUUCAUCAUUAUCAGUAUCAUCGUUGACCCCGUUGGCGACAUCAACCUCAUCUUUGAACACGUCAGGUUCAGCUAGGCGUCUGCUACCUCAGACUUGUAGCAAUGCUAACAUUAAUACUAGCGUUAAUAGUAGCAGCAAUAGCGCCGUGACAGCAAACCAGAACAUCAACAACGUCGUCAACAUCAAGAACAUCAACAACAACAACAUCAGCAGCAGCAGUGGUGGUAGCUGCAUCAGCAGCAACAACAAACAUUUUCAGUCGACUCCGAAUCUCUUGAAAGAUGAGAUGGACGACGAGGAUGCCAACAGUUUGAAGAGUGAAGCGGUUUAUAACUAUAAAACUAACAGUCUAUCGAAGACCGCCGUGAAGAAGGGCAGACAGUCCAUACCCACGAGUACCGCCACCGGCAGUGACGUCAUCAAACAGCGGCAACAAAUUGUUGAAACCGAUGGCCAGCCAAUGAGGAGGGAUUUAAUUGGGUCAAAUUCCAGCGUGAAUAAAUUGGGUGACCUGGAUUUUAAAAAUAGCCAAUCGCUGUUGGAUAGCGCUCGGAGGAUUUCUCUACCGGGUCAUCUAAUUGGUCAGAAAGAUUCGGCCAAGCAGCCAAUCAGGAACGAGGUAGCAAGCAACAGCAAUAACUUAAUCAACAACACAAAGGCAGGUCCGUCCAUCAAAAACAACAACGUCAGCGAUGACAUCAACAACAUCAACAAAAACAUCGACAAGCUAAACAACAAUUUGAAAAAGAAUCUGAGUGAUCUGUUCAAUGUGACGAAACCACAUGAAACGCCCACUGCUACUGCUGAAAUCGCAGCGGAACUUCCUGAGAGGGACACCAAUCAAAACGCUCUCAACCAAUCAGCUUUUAGCAUUUCAAAAAGCCACGUCCACCUACAAAUGCAGCGUCCUCAUUCGUCCAUGUCCCUCCAAUCAAGAUACCAACAACAGCAGCAGCAGCAGAGACGUCUGCUGCCGUCUGAACCAAUCACAGGCAAACAACGUUCUGACGUCACCAACAACAACGAUAUAAUCAACAUGAAUAAAUCCAUGACUGCUUUUGAUGAUCAGACUUUUAAAGCGAACAACAACGUCAACAACUCUCUAAGCAUCAACACCAAUCAGAGACGGGGUGGUGACGUCACCGAUGACCUCACGCCUCUCUCCUCACAUCUCACCAAUCACAAGAGCGAUGUGUUGUCGUCGAAACUGAAGCCCACAUCAACAACGGCAACAACACCUCUAGUCGUCGGAGCAACGCCAGUAACCACAACAGCAAAUCUUCCGAAGUGGUCCCUGAAAUCUCCAGGGUGCACCUCGGCGAUCGGCACCAACUUGACCUACCCCCGACCUCCAUCUAGAACUUUUCUAGCCAAGUCGCCUGAUCCCCUACACAACUGGGUGAAGAGGGCAGAGAACAUCCAGCAGCAGUGGGAACUCCGCAACAACGUCUUCAACAGCAGCAACACCACCACUACCACCAGCAACAACAACAACAGCAACAACAUUUCAAAUAACGUCGUUGACAUCAACGUCACUAACAACAAAAACAACAACUCAACAGAUUUGAAUAAUACAAAUACUGUCAAUACUAUCAACAGUAAAGCGGAAAUCCCGUCUAAAAAUAACUCCGGAUUUCCCUGCCAGUCUAAAAUUAGCAGCACGGAAUUCCAGACGGAGAAGCACCAGGAGUUUGCCACUUUCAAAGGCGAUAUUGACGAACUAAUUAAGCCGGAUUUUUUGACGAAGCUGCAAGCCAGGAAGUUAGAAAUUCUAAAAAACGCCAACAUACCUCAUAAUGUUGACCGCAAGGACGGUGAGGAUGAUGAUUAUGAUCAUGAUGGUGGUGGUGAUGGUGAUGGUGGUAAUGAUGAGGAAGAUGAGUUACUCAGGCAGAACCUGAAACUAAGCAAGAAGAAGACGUCAUCAUUAUCAUCAAUGCCAUCAUCGGUUCCACGAUCAUCAUCGCCAUUCCAGCCUAAAAAUAGCCUCUCGGAAUUCCCUGAUCGGAUAUUAAUGGGAUCUCCAGUGGCCAAUCGCAGCUUCUCUUCAAUAUCCAUCCAAUCAGAUGAGUCAAGGGUUAAAGCGCAACAGCCGAUCAAAACGUCCUCUGUAACCUCCGGCCAAUCAGAUUUCAACAUUCCAAAAGAGGGCGAACCAAUGAAAAGAGAGGCAGGAAUUGGGGAUUAUAAAAGGAAAGAGGGAUCAAGACAUAGGGUAGCAUUUUCCCCCGUGAUCUCCAUGCUAACUGACGACCAAUCAACUGAUUGCUUUGUGGAAGACUCGAGCUGCCAGACAGUCUGCAAAGAAUUCGAAAUGUCCAUAGAGAAGAUAAUAAAAUUAUACAGCAAGCUCAAGAUAUUCAACCAACAACAUCAUAACAACGACACCGCUGCUACUACAACUACUACCACCACUACAACUACCGCCGCCGCGAUGAACAGAGUGAAGGAGUGCAUGAAUGAAGGAGUGAAGAGACUGUCAUCCUCACUCCUUGGAUCGCUAUCGUCACAGUUUGAGGAUCUAACACUACAGAUGAUGGAACUCGGAAAAAGGAGUAAUAAUAAUAACAAUAAUAAUAAUAAUAGUGGUGGCGGUAAUAGUAGUAGUGUUGUCAUUAGUGCCAAGGAUUUUGUACAGCUCAAACAGACUGUGUGA